AUGGAGAAUGUCGCACCAACCUACGAUCUGGUGAACAAGGACAUCCUAGAGCUUUGUCACAUGGAAGGUAUCGAACCGCCCACUGACCAGGACUACGUUGCCGAGACACCUGAGGAUGAGACUUUGACUUCGUCGGAACUCAAAGUCAUGUUCAGUGUCAUUGACCAGCGCAACGCCCUCAGGCCUCAAGUCAAUCCCACCAUUCCGCCUGUUCGACCGCGCAAACCCCUUCCUAGCCUGCCUACAGUAUCUGGAGUCAUUGGUCAAGCCCAGGUAUACUCUCAAACUACGGUUUUUGUUGCCUCGCCCGCUUUUGCUUCGUCUCUUGCCACGACUGCCGCCACCGCCUCAGGUGGCAGAGCUGCUGCAACGCUCAUCUACAGCUGCAACGAGUGCUCGAAGACUUUCAGUAACGUGAUGAAGUUCAAACAGCACCUGUUAGAGGUUCAUGUGGGCACCAAGUGCCACUGGGCAGGAUGCAGGUUUGAAGCAGUUGACGAGCGCGAUCUCGAUCGUCAUCUGAUUAAGCAUAACAAACCAAGCAUCAAGCAUGUUGUCGAUGAUGCAGAGAAGGUUCAAUGUUUGUGGCCUGGCUGUGGUCAGCUGUAUACAACGACAGGUAGCCUCAAUCGCCACACUCGUCGACAUCAGGUGAAGGCCUGCGUAAAAGCCGAGCUGGAGGAAGAUGGCGAGUGA